UUCGCAGCGACAGGAACUGGCGCGUCGGUCCACGCGCCGCGGCCCGUCGGCGUCCCCUUCCUCCGCCCGUGCUUCGACCGUCUCGCGGCGGCAGUGCGUCGGACGGAGGGGCGGACGACGACCCGACGGAUCUUCCCAGGAGCCCUCGCGGCGGCGAUCCUACGUGUCGCCCUCCGAUUGGCUCCUACGAUCGUUGUCGACGUCGACGACGUACCCAUUCUUCUCUGUCAAAUUUAAGAACCACUCUUUAACGUAAUCCCCUUCUCUCUCUCUCUCUCUCUCUCUCUCUCUACCUCUCGCACAUCUCGGAGUGGAGGAAAGAAUGACGUUCCUGCAAUCCUCCGACCGGAAGCACCGGCGGAGCCCGAGGUCCCCCCUCCUCCCGCAGAAGCACGCCGCCGUUGCCGAGCCGACGGAGGCGGGCUUACGCGGCGCGUCGUUCUCGGGCGCCGUGUUCAACCUCUCCACCACCAUCGUCGGCGCCGGGAUCAUGGCCCUCCCGGCCACGCUGAAGCAGCUGGGCCUGAUCCCGGGGCUGGCGAUGAUACUGCUAGGGGCCGUGCUGACGAACACCUCGAUCGACAUGAUCCUGAAGUUCAGCCGGGCCUCCAAGUCCCCCACCUACGCGGCCGCCGCCGCCGACGCGUACGGCGGGGCCGGCAGGGCCCUGCUGCAGUCCUGCAUCGUCGUCAACAACCUCGGGAUGCUCGUGGUCUACAUGAUCAUCAUAGGGGACGUGUUAUCGGGGACAUGGUCAAACUGGGUCCACCACACAGGGGUGAUGGAGGAAUGGCUUGGUCAACACUGGUGGACCUCACGCGCAUUCUUGCUGCUGUCCACCACGCUCCUGGUCUUCGCUCCUCUCAUCUCUUUCAAACGAGUUGAUUCGUUGAGAUACACGUCGGCCUUGUCGGUUGGUCUGGCUGUGGUAUUUGUUGCAAUCACUGCUGGAGUAGCAAUCCUUAAGCUGGCGAAUGGAAGCAUAACGAUGCCACAUUUGAUGCCCGAGCUCGUCGAUCAGACAUCAUUUUGGAAGCUGUUCACAACUUUUCCUGUUCUGGUCACUGCUUAUAUUUGUCACCAUAAUGUACACCCAAUAGAGAAUGAACUGAAAGACCCGAUGCAGAUGAAGUCAAUAGUACGUUCAUCACUGACACUAUGCUCAUCUGUCUACAUCGCAACCAGCUUCUUUGGGUUUCUUCUCUUUGGGGAUCAGACUCUGGAUGAUGUUCUUGCAAAUUUUGAUGGGGAUCUAGGAAUUCCUUACAGUGUGAUGCUCAAUGAUAUAGUGAGAAUUAGCUAUGGAAUCCACCUCAUGCUUGUUUUCCCUAUUGUGUUUUUCUCACUUCGGCUCAAUCUGGACGGCCUCCUUUUUCCCUAUGCAAAAAUCCCCAUCACCUUUGACAACCGGAGAUUUUAUUCAGUAACAGUAGCGCUAAUGGGCUUUAUAUUUUUGGGAGCGAACUUUGUGCCCAGCAUAUGGGAUGCAUUCCAAUUUACCGGCGCCACCGCAGCAACCUCUGUCGGGUUCAUAUUUCCAUCUGCAAUUGCUCUUAGGGAUACUCAUGGGAUUGCAACCAAGAAAGACAAAGUGGUGUCAUGGAUCAUGAUCUUGCUGGCUGUAUCAUCGAGCACAGUGGCACUCUCGAGCGACGUUUAUGGGUUUUUUAGCAGUGACGGUGGAGUUGGAAGCUGACAAAAACUGAGGGGAUCGAUUCGGCUCUUCUCAAGUGACACUGAACUUCGCUCUCAGACAUCGAAA